UAAUCACAGACUCAGCAGCCCGCAGAGAAGCGCGCGGGGGGAUAUACAGGAGCGCGAGCUCAGUCUGGAACAGACUUUUUAGUUAAAAACACACACUAAAGUGGUGUUUGAUACGUGUGGAGUGAUAGAGCUAAACAAACAAAACAUAACAAAGAUUUAGACACCAGUGUGGAGUGUGUGUGAGACAGAGAGAGACCAGAAGAGAGACGGUGCAGCACCUGAGACCUGUUGCCGUGAAGCGGACCUUCAGUGAGGACCCACACCGCGGUCAGCGGAUUUAACUCCAGCCUUCGUGCACACACUGGAUUAUUUCACCUGUCAUGAGGAACCAAGAGGAAAUCCAAACGGAAGUUGUCUCCUAAAAUACCUCUUAAACCUAUUAAAGUAAAAAAUGAACUUUUAACUCUUUACAGCACGCAUGGUGAAUGAUUUACUCGGAGUGUGUGGAUGUGCUGCUUUUCCGGAUAAUGGUGUGUGUGAGUGGUCCUCGCGCACUUGGAGCGCAGUGCACUCUGGGUCUGGAAUGAAACUGAGCUCUGAUUUACGACGGCUGUGGACUGUGGAUAUGCUGCUGGAGCAAUUACGGUUUCCUUCAGGGAUUUCUUCUUUCCGAAGGGUAGCAAUAAAUUAGAAGCAGGGUCCCGAGCUGAGAAAACAUUCAGAGUAACGUUUGAAAUUCCACCUUUUUCCACCUCUAAUAUUUGUUUCUAAAGUCCGGGACAUUGGACCAUGGGAAAGCCUCGUGCAUCUGCUGCCGUGGUGUUUCGGCUGCUUGCUUUGCUUGUCUCACAGCUUCCACAUCUGGCUCUCACCGCCUCCAAGGACAUAGUGUGUGAGUCCAUCACGGUGCCCAUGUGCAAAGGCAUUGGCUAUAAUCUCACCUACAUGCCCAACCAAUUCAAUCAUGACACCCAGGAGGAGGUGGGAUUAGAGGUGCAUCAGUUUUGGCCUCUGGUUCGGAUACGUUGCUCUCCGGAUUUGCUGUUUUUCCUCUGCAGCAUGUACACCCCCAUCUGUCUCCCAGACUACAAAAAGCCUCUGCCGCCAUGCCGUUCUGUCUGCGAGAGGGCCAAGAAGGGCUGCUCUCCUCUCAUGAUCCAGUACGGUUUCGAGUGGCCCGAGCGUAUGAGCUGCGAGCGGCUCCCUGUGCUGGGUGACCCGGACCGGUUGUGCAUGGAUCAGAACAACAGCGAGACCACUACUCUGUCUCCCUCGUUUCCCAAGCCUACCCCCAAGGGCUCGAACAGGCACCGAUCCACAGCUAAAUCCGGCACCCCUCAGAAGUGUGACCGUGAGUGCCGCUGCCGCGAGCCUUUGGUCCCUAUCAAGAAAGAGGCCCAUCCGUUAUACAACCACGUGCACACGGGCUCACUGCCCAACUGUGCUCUUCCUUGCCACCAGCCCUAUUUUUCACAGGACGAGCGUGCUUUUACAACCUUCUGGAUCGGUUUGUGGUCUGUACUGUGCUUCAUCUCCACCCUCACCACUGUGGCCACGUUCCUUAUCGACAUGGAGCGCUUUAAGUACCCUGAGCGGCCAAUCAUUUUCCUGGCUGCCUGCUACCUCUUUGUGUCACUAGGCUACAUCGUGCGUUUGCUGGCGGGCCAUGAGCGGGUGGCGUGCGGUGGCUCUGGUGACCAGCAGCAUGUCCUGUAUGACACCACAGGCCCAGCCCUGUGCACGCUGGUCUUCCUGCUCGUCUACUUCUUUGGCAUGGCCAGCUCCAUCUGGUGGGUGGUGCUGUCGUUCACCUGGUUCUUGGCUGCGGGAAUGAAGUGGGGAAAUGAAGCCAUUGCUGGCUACUCGCAGUACUUUCAUCUGGCAGCGUGGCUUGUGCCCAGCGUGAAGUCUAUUGCUGUCCUGGCCCUCAGCUCUGUAGAUGGAGACCCUGUCGCUGGAAUCUGCUACGUGGGCAACCAGAGUCUGGAGAGCUUGCGAGGCUUUGUGCUAGCACCGCUAGUAGUCUACCUCUUCUCCGGGGCACUCUUCCUGCUGGCCGGUUUCGUGUCACUCUUUCGCAUCCGUAGCGUCAUCAAGCAGGGAGGCACCAAGACAGACAAACUGGAGAAGCUGAUGAUUCGCAUCGGCCUCUUCACUGUGCUCUACACUGUGCCAGCUACCAUCGUGGUGGCCUGCUUAGUCUAUGAGCAGCACUACCGGCCUGGCUGGGAGCAGGCGCUGGCCUGUACCUGUCCCACUGAACGCCAGCAGCUCGGUCUGGGGCCUGAGUAUGCAGUCUUCAUGCUUAAAUACUUCAUGUGCUUGGUGGUGGGCAUCACCUCUGGCGUGUGGAUCUGGUCAGGAAAGACAGUGGAGUCGUGGCGGAGGUUUGCAGCGCGCUGCUUCCCGUGCAGGGCCAGAAAGCCGCCUGCCUCGGCUUCCUCUAUGUACAGUGAAGCUAGCACAGCACUAACCGCUCGAGCCGGGUCAGCGCCGCCCGGAUCCUACCACAAAUCAGCUCCACCAUCACACGUCUGAGCAGUGAGACGGGUCCAGCCGGACUUAACAUGAAGGAUCUUAACAAACUGCCGACUCGUCCCUUAAGUAGCCGAGUGCUUUAGUUCUGUGUGUGUGGAUAAAAUACGAUCGAACGGAAUUUAGACUUCUGAAUGGAAAAGAGGAAGAAAAACAAUAAAGGAAUUAACUGGAGAAUGAACUCCUGGCUCACACAAUGCUGGGAAAAAAAAUCACAGGAGCUACAAGACUCACUCUGUCCUUAACGAUUCGUGGGCAUGUUAUUUAUUUGUGUAUGUAAAUAUUUGUUCUUUUCACAUCAUGUACAGGGCAUGCCCCAGCUGUGUGUGUGUUUGUGCUUUUAUAACAAAAACCAGAGGUGGAAUAUUUUCCCGAUACACCGAGAUCGAAAUUCCACAAGCAGUGUGUUUUUGCUGGUAAACGAUAAGGUGCUGUGGUGAGUUUGUUUAGAACCACACAAAACCUCCUGUAUAUAAUUGUGAAAAGAAUUGUGACCUGAUGGGAAAACAGUGGAAAAUGAAAAAGUCUUUUAUUUUAGACGGAGGCUGCAGGUAUCUGGUGCAGGUUUACUGACGUUUUAGCCUGUGUGUAUGCACAUGUUCCGCUCCGAGCUGAAAGAUGAAUUUGGUAUACACUGAAAUUACGUCUAAAACAUUCCGGAAAAUUCUGUGAACAGAUAAAACGCAUCGAUUCUGAAGUAGGAGUUGAACCCAAAAACUGUCUGGAAAUCAUGAGACGCUGAUAGGCUUGACAUGACUAAGCUUGACUCCCACCUAGUGGUCAUUUAUGGGUACUGUCAUGUCAAUAAAAAUGUGUUCAGUUAAACUGGAGUCCAAACCUCAUCCCUGAUUUUAUUUAAACCCCUUAAUCACAUGCACAUCAGUUUACAGUUUACAUCCGUCUGAUAGAUUUGUCUUAGUAGUUAGGGAUUUCAGGCUUUUUGGUCAGUUGUCCUGUCUGAGCCUAUCCUGUGUGAAGCUGUAAUACUUCAGGAUGCUGUGUGUGUGUGUGUGUGUACGUGUGUGAUAUGAAGCGGUUGUAGAUCUGUCUAAACGUUUGUUCUUAUAAAGCACAUAAAAGUGGAACUGUUUUGGUCAUGAAUUAUAGGAUUCUUUUACUACACUACGCUUAAUUUAAUCGUCCAGGUCUUUUGCAUCCUGCUGCUUUUAACAUCAUCCUGACCACACCAGUAACGUGAGUGUGAUUCCACAUUGCUUCAUGUUUCUGUACAAGUGUACAUAUGUGUGUUGCCCUGUGUGUAAAUCAUGUAAGGGGCAUUUCUUUUAACAGCCUGCUUGGCGGCUUUGUGUGAAUACUUUUUUUUUUUUUUCUUAAACAAAAUGUCGAUCGAUUGCUGAGAUUUUUAAAGAAGAUUUAGAUAUUUAUGAAAAACUGGAGUGUUUGUGUUUCAUUGGUUUCUCUUAUUUGUAGAGAAUAAAACUGGAGCAAUCUGUGAACAGAGGUU